AUGGAGGGGGUAAGUUGUUCCUCCUUGAAAGAAUUCCUUCUCUUGGGAAUUAGCACUAACCCUGGAAUCAAAGUGACCCUCUUUACCACGUUUCUAAUUGUUUAUUUCAUUAUUCUUGUGGCAAACCUUGGGAUGAUCAUCUUAAUUAGAAUGGAUUCCAGGCUGCACAUGCCAAUAUAUUUUUUCCUCAGUCAUCUUUCCUUCAGUGACCUCUGCUAUUCUACGGCAGUUGGACCCAGGAUGCUAGUAGGCUUCAUUGCCAAGAACAAGUCCAUUUCCUUCUGUGGCUGUGCUCUGCAAUUUUUGAUCUUCUGUACCUUUGCAGAUUCUGAGUGUCUGCUGCUGGCGGUGAUGGCCUUUGACUGGUACAAGGCCAUUAGCAACCCCUUUCUCUACGCAGUUAACAUGUCCAGCACAGUGUGCUCCCUGCUCACGGCUGGGGUUUACGUGGUGGGAAUUAUGGAUGCUUCAGUAAAUACUAUAUUAAUAUUCUGCUUAUGUUUCUGUGGGUCAAAUGAGAUUAACCAUUUCUUCUGCGAUGCCCCACCUCUCCUACUGCUCUCUUGUUCAGAUACACGUAUCAAUGAGAUAGUGAUAUUCAUCAUUUUUGGUUUCAUUGAACUGAUUACUCUUUCUGGACUUUUUGUGUCUUAUUGUUAUAAGAAACCUGGAAAGUUUUCAAAGGUUUUAGGCUCUUAG